GUGAUGCUACCCCAGAUCCGGUUUCUCACCCAAGUCCUUGAUUUCCUGGCUACUCCAAUUGAGUUUGCUUCACAGAGUGAAUGGAAGAAAGAGUUUAACCAGACUCUACAAAAGCAAGGUAGCAGCAGCUCUGACACAUCCCGAGAAAGGGCCUGGAUGCUUUUUUAUCAAGCCAAGGUCCAAGAAGUUCAAAAAAUGGCUGAGACUUGGCUGGCAUCCAAUGAGUCAGACUGGAGUCUCCUUGAAAGAAAACACUUGGCAAUUUGGGAGGAUGUUUACUUGGCAGACAACAAUGCCAAAAGCUUGCUUGCAGGCUAUGGUGCACACCCAAAACGGCAUACACCUGAAUACAAUAUUGUCCAUGGCAAGAGAGCACACAUCUUCAACCUAUGUAUAUCCUCUGCCAGGGAGCAUGCUCGGAGCCUGUCAGCAGACGACACAAGUGAUGCUGCUGUGGUGGACAGAGGCAUGGCCAAAAAGUUGGUGCUUCUUGAAGACAUGAUGUUUGCCAAGGAUACCUUUGGCCGUGUUGCCCGGUUUGCACCACCACCAACCAAGUACUUUUUUUCAGGUGUGAACCAGGUCCUCACUGAGGUGAAGGGUGCAUUGGAACAGGUCAUGUUUUGGAUUGACCCUCUUUCAACCAUGUUCCUCAGAGGCGACAAGCAUCUGUGGCCAAACACAACUCAGUGCUUGCAUGCAUUUGUCUGUGACUACCUGAAACUGCCAUUGCAUGCAUACUAUCAGGUGGUGGAUACCAUUCUGGAACAUCGACUUGACACUCUGGUGCCCAUGAAAAACUGGAGGACUGUACUGGAGGAGCAACAUGCUACCUUCCACCUCAACCUUGUAAAGCAAGUUUCCAAAGAUGAAGUGCCAAACUCACUGAACAAGAACCUGAGCAAUCUGUGUGCUGUGUGGGCAAACAAGCUGAAAACAUUUUCAGAUGCCAAGAAGUCACAGCUUCGACCCCAGCCAGAUGCAAAAAUAUGGGAGAAGGCCACAGCUGGACUUUCUUCAGACCACAAAGGUGUUUUGCAGACUGCCGUCACCUUUUUGAGAGCAACUAGCUUUCAAUGGAAUCUAGCUGAAAAUCCCUAUGAUGCUAUUCACAACAUUGCUGCACCUCUUCUCAAGCAUGCAUAUCUCUCCAGGGAAAACAAGUCCUUUAAUCAGCACAUGGUGGCCUGUCCCUCCAUCAUUGCCCUCCGCAAAGACAUUCAGGCUGCCCUGGAGAAACACCUUUCCUAUGCCUUUGAGUGGCACGAUGGAAUGCAGGAAGGGUUUGUGCUUGAAAACAAUGUUCCUCCCCCUGAGCUGUUUGUCACCACCUUGGGUGUCAUCUCGUUCAAAAAAGAUGGCCACCAUAUUGUGGAGAGUCCAGCCAAUCAGGCUGUACGUGGAGCCAAGGAUGAUGUCAUGAGGAAUGGCAAUGGACAAAUCCUCAACACAAUCAUGGAUCUGCUCCAGAAGCUGGAUUUUGGACCAGACUGCAAGGACGGCCUUCUCCCUCCAAAGGUGGCUGCAUCAGCCAAACAGCUUGUUAUGAGUGUUGUGGCUGAAUCUGAACUGUCCAUUGUACAAGUGAUGGAUGUUGAUAUGGAUGUUAACCCCUCUAUUGAAGAACUGGGCCCUGACCGCUUGGACAAGGCACAGCGGGAAUACUACCAUGUCAACAUGCCAAAAGGAAUGUCAGAUGUUGACUACAUCACCAUGCGGAAAGGGCUCUCCCAGAAGGCACUUGAGGCCCUGGUUUUCAUUCAGGAUUCAGCACUGGGUGCUGAAGAGGCCAAGGAGCAGAAAAAAGAAGAUGCUGAAAACAAGAUGAAAGAUGCUCGGCUGAAAAAGGCUAACACAGCAAAAGCUCCCUCAGUAUGGAAUAUUACAAAGGAACAAAAGGCUCAGGUAAUCUGGAAGAGACAACAGAAGCAAAAACAAAAACAAGAGACAGAUCAGGGAUCUGAUGAAGAACUUGAUGUAGGGAUGCAUGGAAUGAGCAUUUCCCAGAGGCAAGACACAGGCAUUGGUCCAAAUGAUAACCACAAUGAGGAUGAGGAUGAGGAUGAGGAUGAGGAUGAGGAUGAGGAUGAGGAUGAGAAUGAGGAUGAGAAUGAGGAUGAGGAUGAGAAUGAGAAUGAGGAUGAGGAUGAGGAUGAGGAUGAGGAUGAGGAUGAGGACGAGGAUGAAAAUGAAGAUGAAGAUGGUGCAUUUGCUAAACCAACCUUACAUUAG